AUGAAAUAUCGUGGAAAUGCGAUCCCGCAAGUGUGGCUUUUCUGCUCCAUGAUUCUCGUGGCCUGCACUACUGUUCCGAUAAUCUUGGUACAAGGGAGCCGCUCUUCUUCCUUGGCAUCCAUUCACUCCUAUACUAAGAAUAGUAAUAGGCACAACCACAAGCUGGCGUUUGUGUCCACACUCUCAUCACCAAGAACUUGGAGCCAACGACUCCAACGUCUACGAGGAGGAUCAUCAUCAUCUUUAUUAUUGGCAUACAAUGAAUCUUCCACCGACGCGGGGAGUCUCUCCAUUACCGACUUGUUGGAUCAACUCCAAACAUCCCCCACCAACGGAUUGACACAGGAAGACGCACAACAACGAUUGCAACAAUACGGAUCCAAUGUCCUGGAGCGACCACCCAGCAAGAGUGUCUGGCAACUCAUUCUCGAACAAUUUGAAGAUCGACUCGUCCAAAUUUUGUUGGUCGUGGCGCUCCUCAGUGGCGUCUUUUCCUUUCUCGAAUUGCGCAACUCCGUGGCUGUCGGCGCCGAAGAGGCUUCACUAUGGAAAUCCUUUGUGGAACCACUCGUCAUUCUCGCCAUUUUGGUACUCAAUGCCGCCGUGGGAGUCUGGCAAUCCCAAUCUGCCAGUGAUAGUUUGGAAGCCUUGCAAAAACUACAACCGACAUUGGCCACGGUCGUUCGGCAAACACAACAACAACAACAACUAGACACAACAAUUGCUAGUAGUGCAAGUGCCGAAAUGGAUGCAUCGAAUCUAGUUCCUGGAGACAUUUUGGAGAUUCGCGUCGGCGACAAAAUACCGGCCGAUUCGCGAUUGCUCUCCCUCAAGAGUUCCUCCCUCAAGGUAGAUGAAGGAAGUUUGACAGGAGAAUCAGUCACUGUCAGCAAGUUGCCGGGAGAGGAAGGAACCGUGGCUCCCGAUAGUCCCGUACAAGAUCAGGUUGGAAUGUUGUACAGUGGCACCAUGGUCACCAGUGGAAGUGGAGUGGCCGUCGUCGUUCAGACGGGAAUGGAUACCCAGUUUGGAAAGAUUCAAAAGGGCGUCACCCAAGCCAAGGACGAAGAAGAAAAGACACCACUGGCCAUCAAGUUGGAUGAAUUUGGAGAGACCUUGACAAUCAUCAUCGGCGUCAUUUGUCUGGCCGUUUGGGUGGUGUCUAUUCCAAAGUUCAAUGAUGCGUCAUUCUCGUCCCCCUGGGAAGGAGCCAUCUACUAUGCCAAAGUGUCCGUGGCGUUGGGGGUCGCUGCCAUUCCCGAAGGACUCCCAGCCGUCAUUACACUCUGCUUGAGUCUUGGAACGAGGAAAAUGGCACAGAGAAAUGUCAUUGUCCGCAAGUUGCAGAGCGUGGAAACACUGGGAUGUACCAGUGUCAUUUGUACCGAUAAGACGGGAACAUUGACGACAAAUGAAAUGACAUCUGUGAGCCUUGUAGUGGUGGGAGAAGAAGGGAAGAAACGGCCAAUUGUAGAAGAACAUCGCAUUGACGGCGUUUCGUAUAGUCCCAUUGGCAGCAUUGAUGGGAUAGAAAAGAACAGAGAAGUAAUCGACAAUCCCGACGGAGCCAUUGCUGACAUUGCCGCCGUCAGCGCUUUGUGCAAUGAUGCCAAGAUUGUGGGACGUGCAGACGAACCUAAGAAUGACGGCAAUACACCCUCGAAGAAGAAGAAGAAGAAAGAUGAUUCAACAAGUGAAAAGGAGUAUCAAAGGAUAGGAGAACCAACCGAGGCAGCCUUGUGCGUGCUCGCAGAGAAGAUUGGAGGAAUGGCGCCUGUGGCCACUGAUAACGAUCAACCACCACCAACUCCGGCAACUCUUGCUAGCGCCAAUGUACUUGCAUGGAGAGACGUUCAUCCCCGGCACGCCACACUUGAAUUCAACAGAGAUAGAAAGUCAAUGUCUGUGCUGUGUGAAUUCUCAAAGGAAGCAAACAAGCAGAAGAAAGCAAAGUCGAUAAAGGCUGGCAACCGGUUGCUGGUCAAAGGGGCCCCCAAUCUUUUGCUUCAGAGGUGUACUCACGUGAAAACCCGCAAUGGUAAUGUGGUCCGGCUAAGCGGGGAGCUUCGAAGGAAGGUUGAAGCCAAGAUAUCUGAAAUGGCUGCGCGCCCUUUGAGAUGUUUGGCCCUGGCCGUGAAAGACAAUGACGAUUUGGAAAGCAGCCUGCGAAGAUUUAGUCCAUCUAGCGAGGGAGACGUUGCCAAGCAUCCCCUCCUAUCCAAACAGGAGAACUACAAGAAUAUUGAAAGCGGUCUUACGCUUGUCGGAAUCGCGGGUAUCAAGGAUCCAGCCCGCCCGGAGGUUGCCGACAGCAUCAAAGCCUGCACGAAAGCCGGCAUUCGAGUCAUGAUGAUCACGGGAGAUGCUAGAGACACAGCGGUGGCAAUUGCAAGAGAUGUCAACAUUUUCCCUCCCGACGAUGCGGAGGGGGGGAACGUCAAGGCAUUCGAGGGCCGAGAAUUCUUCCAUUUGCCGCCAAAGAAGCAACUAGAAUUGUUGAAAGAAGACAACCUUGUGUUUUGCAGAGCAGAACCCGCCGACAAGCAAAGGCUAGUGAAAAUGCUACAAAGUUUGCACGAAGUAACAGCCAUGACUGGGGACGGUGUCAAUGAUGCUCCAGCACUCCAACAAGCUGCGAUUGGCGUUGCUAUGGGAAAAACCGGAACGGACGUCAGCAAGUCUGCAAGCGACAUGAUUCUGGCUGAUGAUAACUUUGCAACUAUCGUGUCCGCAGUUGAAGAAGGACGCCGUAUAUACGCCAAUAUGCAGGCAUUCAUAUGCUUUCUUAUCAGCUGUAACAUUGGAGAGAUCUGUGCUAUCUUUUUCGCAACGGUAGCUGGUUUUCCCGAGCCACUCACAGCCAUGCACCUUCUUUGGGUGAACCUUGUCACUGAUGGACCACCAGCAACAGCACUUGGUUUCAAUCCCCCAUCACCUGAUCUUAUGGAACAACCUCCUCGUCCGAGCGAUGAACCGAUCAUGACGACAUGGCUGCUAACUCGAUACUGCCUGACAGGGCUGUAUGUAGGCUUGGCAACCAUUGGAGUCUUCGCGGGCCACUACAUGGCACAAGGCAUCACCCUGGCGCAACUGAGGAACUGGAGCCAGUGCGGCGUCUUUUGGUCGCCUUUGGAUCAAACAUUGACGUGCGUUGACUUGUUCCAAGGAUCGGGCAGAAUGCUCCCGCAAACUCUGGCCUUGACGACAUUGGUUUGUAUGGAGAUGUUCAAGGCGCUGUCGGCUGUUUCAGUAGACAGUUCGCUGAUCCGAAUCGGUCCUCAGGAAAACCCUUGGCUCCUCCUGGGCGUCUCAGGACCAUUCUUGCUUCAUUUAUUUGUUCUCUACAGUUCCAAUCUUGGAAUGCCGGCUCUGGGUGAGAGUUUCGGAAUGGUGCCUUUAUCAAUGGAUGAUUGGAUCACUGUCCUCCAGUGGUCUGCUCCAAUCCUGGUAGUUGACGAGGUUCUUAAGGGAAUCGGGCGAUGGCUGAAACAGCGGAAACAACCAGAGAUGGUGGCCAAAGGAAGUCGAUAG